AUUAUAAUUAGACACAACGAAGGAAAUGCGUGGUUGAAUGUAGCGUAAAACUCAACCCAUGUUAACUAAUUAAUUAAUUACAUCACAUAGCAUUGAUAGGCGUUGAAUACAGUUUAUUUUAGAUACCUACAUCACCGAAAAAUCGCUCUGGGGCAGAUGAUGUGUUUUUAGACUUAUAAAUGAGAAAACCUUACGAAGUUAGUUGCAGACGACAUAUAAGCCAAGUACACAGCGAGCGCACUUGAUGAACUUUGAUGCCACAACGUGCAAUUCAAACAUUCUGGGAUUUACAUUGUUUCUUGUCUGCUAUGUGGUUUGAAAGAAGUGCAAAUUUCGUACAUUAGACUUUUUCUGUACCUUUGUUGUGGAAAAUCUUAAUCAUAUAUUCAAAGAACACAAAAAAGGGAUUUUCAAUUUUCGCUGCGCAGCAUCUGAAACCGACCUGCCACAUUAAAUCUCUUCAAUUGGUGCACUAUUACUCAGAUAUUUUGCUGAGAAAAGACAUUUCGAUAGAGGAUUUACAUAAGCACAGAGAAAAUGAAAUAUUCGCUUACAUCCGGAGAGUGUUAUAGCCCAAAGAGUCCGCAAGUUGUCAUAUUUCCACCUCGGUUUCCUAAAUCGGAUCCAUUCACAGACCCAAAACAGUUGUACGCUGCAAGUCGGGGUCAAAUGAAUACUCACCCAGAUACUGCACGAUCAGUUGAGUCCGACCCAUACGUUCAAAUAGAAUCUGGCAAUUUUCAAAGUGCGUCCACAGCAGAUCUCAUUUCUCAAGAUAGCUCAAGUUCUCAAACGGUCUUUCCGCGACCAAUAACGUUAGAUAUUCAGCAUCAACCACAGAAGAGAAUUAUGGGACGAUACGACUCGCGCAAGCGCAAUAAAGACAGUGUGUCGACUGACAUUUCGGAGACUGGUUCCGAUAAACAGUUCAUUUCUAAGUGCUCAUUCUAUAUUGUGGUUGCUUUGGCACUUGUGGCCAUGGUUCUUGCAGCCGGUAGCAGCAUUGUAAUGCUCAGACUAAUGUCAAAAUGCGAUGAGCUCGAGCGAAAAUUGAAUUCUGCGCAGACGUCGUACACACUUGCGCAACAGGAAGUUCACACUUGUCUUCCGUGUGGUGAACUUUCUCAGGGACCUUUCGAGGAGGACAAUGAAGACCUUAAAGGAUUGAUCUCAAAGGAUGAAAAUGGGGUUCGAGUUUGCUGUGCAAAGACCGCCAGUCAACUUUCCAUAAUGCUGAAUCUUUUCGCGAAAAGGAAACGGCUGGAAGCCUGUUCCCAAGAGUCACUACUCAAGGAAAAUUUGACAGCAUCUUGCAAUAAUACUUCUACGCCUGGUUCCCCACCUGCAAGAAUAAAUGGAACUAUUUCUGCACAUUUGGUUGUUGGAAAUAGCCAGACUGGAAGAGAGGAGGACUAUCAGCCAAUCAGAAAUUGGCGCCAAGGAUUGCCUGGUACUCAUUUGUCCAAUAUCAACAUAACAGCCGAAAAUAGCCGAAUAGUGGUACCGGAAACUGGUCUGUACUUCCUGUACAGUCAAGUCGGCUUUCUUGUCUAUUACGACAAGGAACAAACUGAACAAAGCGCCUCCCAGUCAUUAUUCCACGUUGUGUACCGCUAUAACGCCAUCUAUCCAAUAGAUGGUAGCGAAGAGCUUUUACGAAGUGUUGUCACUCAGUGCUGGGAGAAACAAAAGGACUACGGGCGGUACACGAGCUAUGUUGGGGCUGCGGUAAAACUUAACAAGGGAGACCAACUCUAUGUGAAAGUUUCGAGGAUCCAGGAUGUCAACAAAGGAGCUUCCACGACGUAUUUUGGGCUUUUCAAACUUUGAUACCCGCCAAUAGUGACUGAUUUGAAAAAAAUACUGUAAAUGCGAUUGCGGGCAAACGUGUUUACAAGCUUGCUCAAUACAGCAUGCUAUUUCCAAAUUAAAUUUGCUUUAAAUGUAGUCGCUGGACGACGCCUUUUUAUAACACAUGCAGAGCUCAAUGCUAAACAAUGCUCAAUCUGAUUGAUUUUUUCUUUAAAUAUAUAUAUCCCUGCAAGCUAGAAGAUGAUAAGUACGAGAUUUUAGAUGACAUCGAAAUCAGUGAUACAUUCCUUCGGGAUAAGAUAUGUUUUACUUCCAGACAUUUUCGUGGUCGGAGUAAAUUCAUGGUCGGGAUCAAAACAUGCCAUUACAUUCAUUUGCAUUGAUAAAAUACCAGUAAUCCAUAACAUCUGUCAGUCAUGUCCAUUUAUUAUAUGAUCUCAUGAUAUCCGGUGCUCUAGAUGUUAGCAAACUUAUGCUAAUAUUUGUUGGGUAGUUAUAAUAAAAAAGAGAAAACAGAUUAUGUGCGAGAGGUCUUAAUAGAAGACUAAGGGAUGUGUAAAAUGUGCAAGAUAUCCUCCAAGAGAUGUCUUUCCUGGCAGAACAAUGUGCACGAUAUUCUCCUCUUUGACAUUUUAAAGGAGCUAGUAGUGCUAAUAGGGCACAUAAAAUGUGUUCAAUGUCUUUCUGACAAUUUCGGUUAAUAUGCCAUAGCUUAAAGCAUGAGAUUUGCGUGCUUUCGAAACAGACAGUUUAUACAAUGACUGUGAUAUUUAUUAAAAUGUAAUAUAAUAUAUUGAUGCUAUAUCUUAAAUGCUUGAAUGUUUGUAUAGAAAUGAAGCAAUAUGUUGUUACGUUAAAUGUUUCAAAACGUUCUAUUGUUAAACAAUACUAGAAUGAAUGAGAAUUAUUUUGUUUUAUAUGACUUUGUAUGUUUUAUAUCUAAUAAAAUGUUUCCAAAUACAGA